CUUCACUAUAGAGUUUUUCGUGAUCAUUCCUUUCCAUUUUAUAACGCCGUGCAACAAACACGUGGCUUACGUUAUAAUUGCCAAUAUUUAAGUGAAUUACUCAAGAAAUAAAAAUGCCGCUAGCCAAAGAUUAUCUUCACCCGAGCCCAGCGGAAGAAAAGAGGAAGCACAAGUUGAAGAGAUUGGUACAGAAACCAAACAGCUACUUCAUGGAUGUUAAAUGCCCAGGAUGUUAUGCUAUCAAGACCAUUUUUUCACAUGCUCAGCGACCAGUUGAGUGCGAUGGUUGCCGCACGAUAUUGUGCACACCCACGGGUGGCAAAGCUCGUCUGACAGAAGGAUGUUCUUUCAGAAGAAAGGUUCAAUGCUAAACAUCUCGCAUCUCUUUUCAUUGGUAAUUAAAUUAUACCAACAAACAAUACCAUGUAAUAAUUAUUUCAUUCUUGUGUUUAAUCCGCUCGAUUAUUGAAAAUGAAUACUUUGAAAAGAGUAAAAAUAAUCUUUUACAAAUAA